GACGUUGCGGGGCGCUGUUUUACCCGUUUCUCACGCAGGUUGGCGUUUAACGGGAGCGACGCACAGGCCAGGCGGCUCUUAUAACCACGGAGGAUACAUACUGGAACUCGGUGUUUAAAGAAAAAAGGAUACUUUAAGCAGAGACGGGAAUAAAAUCCUCCAGGCGGUCUGUUUCCACGGAUUCCUAACCGUAUAACCCGGCAUUCGUAGGUGAAGCAGGCAGUUUUGGGGAAUUGGAAGGAGUUGCCUCCAAGGGAUAGUAUCACAUAUUUUUAGAAUUAAAAGGACAAAGGGAGAGGUGUGAAGAAAAAUUCCCAUACUCAAUGACAUUACAUCGCAAUGUCCGAUCGUUUGGGGCAAAUAAUCAAGUCCAAGGAUGGGAAAAGCAAGUAUUCCUCUCUCAGCCUGUUUGACAAGUACAAGGGGAAGUCAAUAGAUACACAGAGAACUACAGUUGUUCCUCGACAUGGCUUGCAAAGUCUUGGUAAAGUGGCCACUGUGCGGCGUAUACCCCCCCCUGCUCACCUGCCGAGCCUGAAGUCCGAAAAUAAAGGAAAGGACCCUAACGUGUUUAUUGUGCCCAAAGACGGAACGGGAUGGGCAAACAAGCAGGAUCUACCAGACCAAAAGAGUUCUGCUGCAUCAACAGCUCUCCUGCUGGAGCCGCAGCCUCAGCCGGCUUUGCAGAAAUCUGUCUCCAGUCCAGAGGAGUCCCCAGUGGCGAGCAGCCUGCAGAGCCCAGUUACCGUUGGACCAAAGCAAUGGGCACAGCUGAAUGGAAAGGCAAUAGAACGAGGUGGUUUAAGGGUCUCAAGCAGACUGCAGCCCUUCUGUCACGAGGAAUUUCCAGCGCUGAAGACAGCCGGCGAGCAGUACAAGGCCGGCAUGGAAAGAAGCGCCUUCGAUCUGUCGUAUGGGCCCGGACCAAGCCUCCGCCCCCAGAACGUGACGAGCUGGCGGGAAGGUGGUGGGAAGAGCCUGCACCCACUGCCCCCUCCAUCUGCUCCCCCUGCUGAUCCCGAGGGCAGAGGCAGCAGUGGGCCGGCUGACACCUCCGCAGCGGCCCCUCCUCCGUCCUCCGCUUCAGGAGAUCCUGCCACCUUGCACCCCUCUCCUCCAUCCAGCUUGGCCCCCGCAGCCCCGCCGGGAGACAGAGAGCCCAGCCCACGUCGGGGCAUGGCCUCUGCAAAGCUGCACCUGACCCAGCAGCACCGCUCCGCGACAGUCUACCCCGACAUGCUGCCCGCCUUUAUGUGCCUGAAGGAGUCGCGUGAUUCUGCAUCAUCCUCGGCCCCCAUCCGCUUUCAGGCUCGCCCUCUGCUCAGGCAGCAGCCCCCUGCCCCCGACUCCAUCAACGGGAAGACGGGGAGGGAGGGCAGCUAUUUCCGCACUCCUGCUCGUCCCACUCCUGCUCGUCCCACUCCACGCCCCCCCCAGCCCCCUGCCGACAGAACACCCCGUCCCGCCAUCAUUAACCCACGGGAUCUGAAGGAGCUGGACAAUCUGGACAACGGCUGUGAAGAUGGCUGGGCAGGUCUCCAUGACGAAGUGGACUACAGUGAGAAGCUUAAGUUUAGUGACGAUGAAGAGGAUUACAAUGCCGGUGAAAAGCGCAAGCCAUGGGCCGAGGCGGAGCUUCGCAGUGAGCGACAGUCUUCCCUGAGCUCUGCAGAGGGACCGUAUGGCCAGGACUCUGCAGACGAGGACGGUUACCCACCCUGCCAGGAGCCACGGCUUCCCAGAAAGGCCAAUGGCUGGAUAGCACCUGCGGACAGCCAGCCGCAGGUCAGCAGAUCUUGCCGCGGAGAGUGUCCAGAGGAUGAGGAGGACCCGUGCCAGGGCCCCCGGGGAAAAUUUGCUUCUGCGGGGGUGUCUGAGGCCAUCGAGCGUGCGCGGAGGCGCCGGGAGGAGGAGGAGAGGCGAAUCCGGCAGGAGCGGCUGGCCGCCUGCGCCGAGAAGCUCAAGAAGCUGGACGAGAAGUUUGGCAAGAGCGAGAAGACUGCUGGCUCCGAGGAGGCCCUGAGGGACCGGGAAGGCGGGGAGCUGGCGGCCUCCUCCAGACCGAGCCCAAAGCGCUCAGAGAGCAGCAGGCAGGUUGAGUUUCCUGAGCUGCCCUCUGGUGGGCAUCAGGAUGUGGGCUGCAGUGACACUGACAGUCCAGGUCCCAGCUCUGCUGCUGAGGGCUCCAAGCCACCAUUGCUUCUUCAGGACACUACAAGGCAUCACAAAACUCUGCCCCCUCACUUCCAGAUGCAGCAUCACCCCCAAGGGCCGGUGUACACAUUGCAGGCCUGGCAGCAGCAGGGCCUUCCUGGCCAGACUCAGCGCUGUUACUGUUCCCCUCAGAUGCUGGGCUUUGAUCCUCGCUGGAUGAUGAUGCCUCCAUACGCGGACCCCCGAGCAGCCAGAGGACCCUCCCAAGUAGACUGCUAUCCCGGUGUCCCCUCCUCAGGGAUGUUAAAGCAGAUGAUGCCUAGUGACCACCUAAGCAGUCCUGGCUCUGUGUCGGAUGAUGGCUGCCAUCCCAGCAUGCUCCAGGAGACGAAGACUCCCUCUGUGGAGCCCUACCCUGUUUGGGGUCAGGAAGGCUUUACUCCACCAUAUCAACAGCAGCCUGACAGCAGGGUUGUGAGCCGUGCUGAUGAACGGUGUGAACGACCAUCUCGAUGUGAUUUGGGUAAGGAGUUCUGUGAUGCCCCGGGUGAAGAGAUGUCCCAUCAUGUCUAUCGUCAGGACAGAAUGCCAGAUUUGGCUGAAGGAUCUUCCCCAAGAAAGGAGAUUUACAAUGAAGUCUUGACUUCUUCAGCAGGACAAAUUCAGCCCCUGUAUGUAAAUUCCAACCCUGAGAAAGAAUCAGAGGAGAUGAUUUACAGCAAAAACCACAAGGACAAUUUGGAUUGUCACAAUGAAGAGUCUGAUAGCUUAGGUAAAGAUCUAAGCUGUGCCUCGGACUUCUGGAGAAGUGACUGUUCUCUAGAAAAGGAAGAUGGUUUCCGUCCUCGUUGGUCGGACCCAGACUCUACCCCCCGGACAACUGAAUCCAGCUGCGGAACCCAAGCCAGGCGAAUUGGCCCCACUAAGAAACCAGUCCUGAAGGCCCUAAAUAUAGACGAUAAGGAAAAUGAAAAGCCCAGAUACGAGCUACAGGAGAAACCAGUCCCCUACAAACUGAAGGAGAGGGAAAUACCUGCUGAUGAGUAUGACCCAAUUAAUGAUCAAACCCUCCCUUUAGCUGGCAAGUACUCUGUGGCAGCAGCUCAGGAGGAUCUAACGGUAGUGAGAGGGGAGAAGUCUGAAAGCCUGGGGGACAAGGGGCCCAAGGAGAGCAUCUGGGAGCGCAGUAAAUGCUCUUCUGUGGAGGUCCUGUCGAACAGGAACCCCCUGGCACCCCGUCGCAACAACUGGAUCUUUAUUGAUGAGGAGCAGGCCUUUAGAAGCACCAGGGGAACUGGAAGAGGCCGGGCCAGGGGGUUCAGGGAGUUCAGCUCUCGAGGAGGCACCCGGGGGAGUCGAGGAGGAGGCUAUGGUGGCAGUCAGAGGGAGGGUCGUGUCUGCAGCCCGCAGGACCUCAACAAGCUUGACAGAUUUCAGAGGGGGGUGCAGCGCCAACGCAACAUGAGUGAGACCCUCAGUGAAAGCUCAGAGUGUGAGGGGCUGCCCAAGGGCCACAGGCAGAGGGAGGAUGAUAACGGGAAGAGGGUGGACAGCCGAGACUCUUGGAGGUCCAACAAAGUGUAUCACCAUGGCCAAGCUACCACUGCAGAGUUCCAGGACACGGGCAGAGCCAGCAGGGCUACUGCUCGCUCUUUGCCCCCAAGGUUUACCCAUUCAUGGCAGAACCAGAGCUUUGGGACAUGGAGGGGACAUGGGGGCCAGUUCGAUACUCAUUUCGUAUGCAAGAAUAGCUGUGAUCCUGGGACAGAGGCUUUCUCCAGAAAGCCCUCAGAGUCCAUAAGGUAUACGCAUAAAUCUCCAGAUUCCCUCAUGGAGAAUGGCCUUGGAGAGAGAAGAGGUGGAGCAGAAGAUCACCUGGACAGUGACAGCCCCGAUAACCGCCCAGCAAGAAGGCGGCGCCCCCCCCGCCAGGACAAGCCACCUCGUUUCCGCCGGCAGCAGCUGGAUAGGGACUCUGUCAGCCAGAGGGACAGUGCAGAGAACCUCAGCCAGGACUGGCUCCGGCGUUCCAGGGGCGGGGAAGGGUUUGUUUCCGCUCACCAUGCUGGUGGGAGGAGCCAGCAGGUCCAAUGGGAGGACUGGGAAACUGUCUCUGAUGGCAGUGACUUCAGUGAAAGGCGUGGGAAACGUGGAGGUCUUUCCCAGCGGGACUUGCCUUCAGACUCAGGACAUGGUGAGCCAGGCUACAGGCAGAGGAGGGAGCUGUCCAAAAGAAGCUUCUCCAGCCAGCGCCAUCUUUUGGACAGGCAGAACCGUAAAGGAGAUUCUGUUAUGGAGGGAAUCAUAAUGUCCCGGUCUCCCGACAUCCCAGGGACGGCAGCAAAAUCUGGCAGAAGCGACAGGUUCCAGAACGGGACGUCUCUGAGCUGCAGGAGGUCUCCUGAGGAAAGUGCCUUAGGUUUGAGCUUGGGUUCAGUGUACAGCGGGCUGUCCUCCGAUGUUGCUUCUCGGCACGUUCCCGGCGAAUCUGCGGGCAAGAAGACGGAGAGGGACGUGAAGGCCGGGACCGUCACCAGCACGCGUGAGGAGAUCAACACGCCGGUGCUUCAAUAUGAUCACAGCGUGUGCUCAUUGGAGGGCAGGACAGUGCCAGUGCCAGUGGCAGCGCCAGAGGGCCUCUUGGAAGGCGCGUCUAAGAAGCAGCAGUGCCCGCAGGAGGAGGAACGCCGAAAGAAGGAUCCGGGUGCUCUGGUACCCAAUAAGGUGAGGAUGACCACGUCCAAGAUGCCGCCUCGCUUUACCAGGAAACAGGGCACCAUGUCUGUGGAGCGGCAUGCAGAUUCACUAGCCAGCAGCAGCCUGGGCACCAAGAUCUGGGAGGCCAGCAGCACAGCUGUGUCUGUCCAGUCAUCAAGUGGAGACACGUGGACAAAGCAGGUGUCAUAUAGCGGGCUUGAGCCAAACUCAAAUGAGGUGUAUAAGGGCAGUCAGACGGACAGCGGCAUUGACCUGAGUGCUGAGUCUCAGGGCUCCUCCGCCAGCUCCUCCCAGAGAAGUUCCCCAUAUGGCUCCCUCAAGCCGGAGGAGGGGCCCGGCCCAGCAGGGCACAGUCUCCUAAAGAAAGUGGAGAAGCAGGACUUGGAUCCUGCAGCGGAGCAGGGCAAAGAACACAAGCCAGGUCCCAUCGGGAACGAGCGCUCCCUGAGGCACCGCAAGGGACCAGAGUGCAUGGAACAUUCGGAGAACCCGGUUUCCUCUGUCAACGGGGUGGACAUCCAUGUGGAGAGCGUUCUCCCCGUGCCGCCCAUCAACUUCGGUGUUGCCCCCAAAGACUCGGACUUCAGCGUGCCGCCAGGCCCGGCACCGGUGCCGGGGUCCAGCCCAGGUGCUAAGCUGCAGGAUGCGCUUGCCGGAAAUGUGGCCCUCACCCAGGCGAUCCCCACACUGCGCAGAGAUCAUCUGCAGCAACCCAUGGGGCUCAAUCCCAUUUCUUUCACGAGCGUGGACCUCACUCUCAAGAUGGAGUCUGCCCGGAAGGCCUGGGAGAACUCGCAGUCACUACCUGACCAGGGCUCGCCGGGGGCCACGGGCUCUGUGCUUCAGCCACCUUGCACCCUGGCCUCUGCCAGCGGGGUCAGCCUCAGCUCUUUCGGCGGCGUCUCCAUGCCCCCAAUGCCCGUAGCAUCAGUUGCUCCCUCCAUGCAAGGUAACCAUUUCUCUCCACUGUACCUGGACGGGCACAUGUUCCCCAGCCAGCCACGUUUGCUGGGCCCCAGCCUGACGCAGCAGCAGAGCUAUCAGCAGGCAGCAGCUGCGCAGCAGAUCCCAAUCUCCCUGCACACCUCCCUACAAGCCCAGGCCCAGCUGGGUCUCCGCGGUGGCCUGCCGGUCUCCCAGUCCCAGGAGAUAUUUGGUUCCAUCCCUCCAUUCCGGUCCCCAGUCUACAUGCACCCCAGCCUGUCCCAGCCCAGCGCCAUGGUGCUGUCUGGAGGCGCCCCCCUGAAGGGGCCCUACUCGACUUUCCCCGGCUUGCAGCAUUCGGACAUGGUCAAGCCCCAGUCAGGCUCUCCUUACCAGCCAAUGAGUGGGAGUCAAGCCUUGGUAUAUGAUGGACAGAUGAGCCAGGCCCCUGGCAUGGGCGCGUCCCAGCUGAUGGACUCCCAGCUCAUCCAGGUGACCAUGCCCAUGCCGGGCUCUCAGCUGCAGUUCGGGUCUGCUCAGCAGCACCUCAUCCUUCCUCCAUCCAUUCAGCUCCAGCAGGGCCAGAGCCUGCCAGUAGGGGGCCCCCGCCGCAUCCUACCCCCUGGCUCCCAACCCCCUGUGAUGGCGCCAAACAGGGAGCUUGAAAUAAAAGGAUUUCAGUUUGCAGACGCAUCCAAUCACUCCCAGGGCAUGCCUGGCAGCCCCGCCCCCAAUGCCAGCUUUUACCGGCCUGGGACUGCUAGCCAGAGUGGGAAUCCUCCUGGGCCCAGACACCACGCUCAGCAGGCCCCCCAGCCUCAGGGCAGCAUCAUGAUGCACAUGUGGGCCCCCACCUCAAGCCCCUUCCCCAGCCCCAUCCAGCGACCGGUCAUGCAGAUAAAAGCCCAGCAAGACGUCACGACCUGUGAGGGGAAGGGAGAGUCCAACGUGCGUUCAGGCAAGGUGCCGGAGUCGCCGCCCACUGGCCCGAUGAAGCCGGGUCGCUCCGGGGCCAUCAAGCCGCAGGCUGUGAAGAUGGAGGAGGGAACAGCCUAGCUGCAGGAGCAUCGUCCGCUCCACGGAGUUCACCACAAGACACAGGCGGCCCAGGCUAGCUUCUGGCUGCUCUGCACAGACAGAUCAUGGCGAACCUUUCGACAACCGAAAGUCAGACGCUGUAGUGUUAGCAGAAAAAGGCAUUUAUGGGAAAAUAAAAAAAAAUAAGUAUAUUUGACAAAAUAGUCCCUCCCGGAAGAUAGUUGUUUCUCAGUUAACAUUUGUCAAUGUAAAGGAAAGUAUAAUAGUAAAUAUACACAUUUUUAUGAGUUUACUUGAUGACAAAACUAUCAAAGUUGAGGAGUUCCUGUAGAAUUUCGGUUCCAGCAAGUGCAUAAAGCUGAUGCAAGGAGGAGGAACUGUCACAAUGAUUAUAUGUGUCCCUGCACCAAAAUGUUACCCUUGUUUUGCCAAUUUUACUUGUAUUCAGUGUGUGGUGUUGGCAUUCCUUUUAAGUGAACCCAGAGUUGAUGGCUUGUGGGGGGCAGCCUUCCAUUCAGCAUGGAAGUGAUCUGCAGCCAGCUUUGUGCAUAGCUACAUUGUGUUUCUCCUGAAAACGCACUCUGAUACGUUUCUUGGAGAAGUGGGACGCCAUCUUAAGUCUUCUGAGGUCGGUGUUGUUUGCAUAUGGGGGGGGGGAGACAAGGUUACAUAGAAUUCCUGAUGAUGUCACGUUAACUAGAAGUCCCCAACCCCCCCCCCCCCCUUCAAUAUUCACAGUUAGUAGCUUGAGUCUAAAAUAUCAAUAUAUGUACAAAAAUAUGCAACAUUUAUUUCCUCCACAUUAUUUUUGCUUUGCCUUUGAUAUGAAGGCUCUGGUAUGCACAUGCAUAUUUUCUUAUUGGCCUUUGCUCUAUAUUGCUGUUUUAGUAUAGCUUGGGAGGCUUGGCAAGUUUGGGCAGUGGGGGGGGGGGGGGGGGGGCACGUCAAACUGAGAUGCAGCUCACUGCUGGCUCAGCUGAUUAAGUCAGUCAGUCACCUAAAACCGUAACUUAGUACAUUUACAAACUUGGUUAUAACCUGUAUUCCCUUCUGCUGAAGAGGGGAUUCUACACAACAGUGACUGAUCAGGGUCCAAAUGGGUUUAAGACAUAGGCCGACUUUAAGAGCAUCAUGUGGUAACAGGUUAUAACCCCAGGCAUCCGGCUGGAAGUGCAGAAGCAGUCUCGUCCACAGCAGAACAGGCUGCAUCUCUUGAUUAAAUGUUACAGUGGGUUUCAAUAGCUGAUUUCACGUCACUACAUCGUAUCAAUGUUCUGAAGCCUUGAAAAUGCUUUUGCUGUUUCCGUUUCCAGUUUUAAAAUUGCUUAAAAUCACAGAACACUAUUUGUGUAUGUUCAGACAUCACUGUCAGCGUUAGAUUUCUACAUGCAUACAUGUACAGUUAUGUGCUGCAGGGAGGCCAAAAUCCUAAACUGGAUUUGUUGCAGUAUUUAUGCAUCACUUGAUACAUAAAGGGGAAAAUAAAAGGUCAAACAUC